UUUGUCUUAAAGACAUUACAAGAAAUUAGAAACGGUAAACGCAGUCGCAGACCAAAUGGCGUCUCUGGGCCACGUCACCCUCCGCCACCACGCGCCGCCGCCGGAGACAGGCAUUCUCCGCCGUCGAUUCGACCCGCAACUUAGGACCCAUGUCAGAUUCAACGGCAGGAUCCGGGCGAGCGGCGCGUCGGUCGACGCGCUGUCGGAGGCCGUGAAAGUGGGCGAGAGCAAGGAGGUGAUGGAGGCGGAGGGGAAGGUUCUUGUGGGUACGUACGCGCGUGCUCCGGUGGUGCUAUCCAGUGGCAAAGGUUGUAAAUUGUUCGACCUUGAGGGAAAUGAGUACUUGGAUUGCUCUUCUGGGAUUGCUGUGAAUGCCCUUGGCCAUGGCGAUCCUGAUUGGCUUCGUGCUGUCACUGACCAAGCUUCUGUUCUUGCCCAUGUCAGCAAUCUCUACUACACAGUCCCUCAGAUAGAACUGGCCAAACGCCUGGUGGCAUGUUCUUUCGCCGACCGUGUCUUCUUCUGUAACUCUGGAACGGAAGCCAAUGAAGCAGCCAUCAAAUUCGCGAGGAAGUUCCAGAGAUUCAAUCACCCUGACGAGAAGGAAGUUGCGACUAACUUCAUCGCCUUUACGAAUAGUUUCCAUGGUAGAACCUUAGGAGCUCUUGCUCUGACAAGCAAGGAACAGUACAGAACUCCCUUUGAACCCAUCAUGCCUGGUGUCACCUUCUUGGAAUAUGGCAAUGUUCAAGCCGCAACUGACCUAAUCAGCUCGGGAAAGAUUGCCGCAGUGUUUGUGGAACCUGUUCAAGGAGAAGGCGGUAUAUACACCGCUACAAAGGAGUUUCUUGAAUCUCUCCGGUCUGCUUGUGAUGCCGUGGGAUCCCUUCUUGUCUUCGAUGAGGUUCAAUGCGGAUUGGGACGAACAGGCAAUCUAUGGGCAUAUGAAUUAUUCGGUGUGACUCCAGAUAUAAUGACGCUGGCAAAGCCUCUAGCCGGUGGUCUUCCCAUAGGAGCUGUGCUCGUAACCGAGAAAGUUGCGUCCGCCAUAAAAUACGGAGAUCACGGAAGCACAUUCGCAGGCAAUCCCCUCGUCUGCAAUGCAGCCAUUGUGGUUCUCGACAAAAUAUCGAAACCCUCGUUCUUGGACAGUAUCUCGAGCAAAGGCAGAUACUUUAGGGACUUGUUGGAGAAGAAACUCGGAGGAAACCUGCAUGUGAAGGAGGUACGAGGAAAGGGGCUCAUCAUCGGAAUCGAGCUUGAUGUUCCUGCAAACCCAUUGGUGGAUGCUUGUCGGAAUUCUGGGCUUCUGAUUCUGACGGCAGGGAAAGGCAACGUGGUGAGGCUUGUUCCGCCAUUGAUCAUCUCCGAGGAGGAGAUCGAACGUGCGGCUGAGAUUAUCGCCCAGAAUAUGCCUGCUCUUGAUCACCAAGAUUGAUUGAUGCAUUACGACAGCAAGUGUAGCUUUUUUUUUUCCCUCAUGGAGCUAUGGUGUCCUACAAUAAUGGCGGUUCGAACGACAAUGAGAAAACAGUGAAUAUAUGUAUCAUUUUAAAGUGAUUUGAUCUGUGAUCUCUUAAUUCGUCAGUCGAUUCAUGAGGGAGUUGAGAAGUUUCAGUGUUGGAAUUCGAGCAGUCGACUGAAAGAGGGAACUUUUACAGUUUUACUGGUUUGGUCAGUGAAACUAAUGCUUGAAACAGAACAAGAAGCCGUUGCUGUAAGCUCUAAAACUGAAAUCUCCUUGAUGUUC